CGCCGCCGUUCUGGUCCCGCCCCUGCCGAGCGGCAAUUGGUUGAGGUGCAGUCCCGCGGCCUCCUAUUGGCCGAGCUAGACGUCCGUCUGGGGAAGACAGGAGGAAGGCGCGUCCGGAAGUCACGAUGGUGCGGUUCAAGCACAGGUACCUGCUGUGCGAGGUGGUGGCCGAGGACCCGCGCUGCCGGCACUGCAUCGACGAGCGCGCCGUGACCACCGCCGCCAAGGGCGCCUUGGCCCGCGCCCACGGGGACUACGGGCUGGCCUGCUGCUCCAUCGCCUUCACAGUGAAGUACCUGAACGCUUACACGGGCGUCGUGCUGCUGCGCUGCCGCAAGGACUUCUACCGCCUGCUCUGGUCCGCGCUGCCCCUCGUCACGCACCUGGAGAGCCGGGGCCAGCGGCACCCCUGCUUCUUCCACACGCUGCACGUCGGGGGUACAAUAAGAUCUUGUCAGAAGUUUUUAAUUCAGUAUAACAGAAGACAACUGGUGAUGCUUUUGAACAGUUGUACCAAUAAAGAGGAGAGAGAGUCCAUUCAGCAGUCACUACUAGGCUGCUUUCUUCAGGAAGCAGAAGAGGAGCAGUUUCAAAGUGGUGAGGAAGAAGAUGACUGUGCAGACACAGACUAAACAUAGUGUAAUUAUUUAUCACCUCUCACAAGCAGAGACAAAACUCCUGUAACUUAGUGUCUCAGACUACUUUUCUUUUGUCAAGAAGAUCAACUACUGUAGUUCUUGCCUCACUUUUGCUUUUUUCAUUAAAGAAAAAACAAACCCAGAACAUUGAAUUCUUGGAGAAGGUCAAUAAAAAAUGGUAAGCCA